AUGUCGGCAUACAUCACCAAGCGAAACCUAGCUGCUAUCGUCGACAGUCUUGAUCUGUAUGGCAUUCAGCAGGCUCUCCUAGAUCAAGUAUUCACUAGCGAAGAUCUCGUGGAUUUCUACACAUCGAGAAUCUCCCAGAUCAACGACCAACUCCGAGCAGUAACCUGCACACACCCCGAUACCAACGCCAUUGCCAUACAGCGUAACCAUGAACGAAGCAAUGACCAGACUCUAGGACCCCUCCAUAGAAUCCUCUUCGUAGUCAAACAUACCUUCAUCACAACAGAAGAAUUGGACACGACAGUAGGCUCACACGCCCUGGUAGGAGUCAAAUACAAAACCGAGCCAACGGUCAUAUCAAAACUCAACUCCGCCAAGCAGGCGCUAUAA